ACGUGAUCUAGAAAAGGAAAUCAAGGGUGCCGACACGAAGUGUACCUACUGGUUAUACUGACUAUACUGUGUCUGUAUCAAACAAAAUAUUUCGCUUUAAUUUGUUGGUGCCGGUAAAACAUUGUGUGUAUAUACGUAGCGGGCGAUUUUUAAGAUGAAAAUUCGAAACUACGUAUAGGCCAGUCAGCCGAUUUUCCCUCAAUUUUCUUAUGAGACUAUAACUUAUAUGUGAAUAAUAGUGACAGAAUCCUUGCAGGCACGAUGACUACAUUAAGUGGAUUUAUAGAAUUCUUCCAGAAAGGCAAGACAUUUAGGCCAAAGAAAAAAUUUGCUCACGGAACGUUGCGUUAUUCUUUACACAAGCAAGCUCAAGCUUCUCUUAAUUCCGGAAUCAAUCUAAGAUCUGUUGUCAAAUUGCCUCUUGGAGAAGAUUUAAAUGAUUGGAUCGCCGUGCAUGUUGUAGACUUUUUUAAUAGAAUAAAUCUUAUAUACGGUACUGUGUCUGAGUACUGCGAUUCAGCAUCCUGUCCGACGAUGAGUGGUGGGGCACGUUUUGAAUAUUUGUGGGCAGACGGUGAAAAAUAUAAAAAACCAACAGCAUUACCAGCGCCACAAUAUGUUGCUCUUCUCAUGGAUUGGACUGAAGCUCAAAUUAAUAAUGAAGCAGUUUUUCCAGUGUCAACAGAUGUGCCAUUUCCCAAAACAUUUAUACCACUAUGUAGAAAAAUUUUGACGCGUCUCUUUAGAGUUUUUGUCCAUGUGUAUAUCCAUCAUUUUGAUCGCAUUGUAGCAAUAGGAGCAGAAGCACACGUAAACACAUGUUACAAGCAUUUCUACUAUUUUGUAACAGAAUUUGAUUUAGUUAAUUCUAAGGAAUUAGAACCGUUAGCAGAAAUGACUGCCAAAGUUUGUAAGGAUAGUGUUUCUCCUACUCAAAGCACAGCACCAUCAAACAAUCAAAGCAGAUAGUUAUUUCAUCGUCACAUUUGACGAAACUGAUAAUUACAAUUUAUUAGUAAAAUCACAGAACUUCCAGAGACAUAAAGAAAAGCAUAGGUAAAACCAUAGUAAAAUCACUCAUUUCAUAUGAAGAUAGAAACAGUUUAUGAUAUAUUAUUAAUCACGUAUAUGCCUUUUUUUGAAGGAAUUACGCCACCCUUGAGAUUUUAAAACAAUACCUAAAGUUUAGGAUUUUUUGUGGGUAAAUGGAUAACUUUAUUUUAAAUAUGCUUAAAGGUCA